GCGUCACUUCCUGCGGCACCGCCCCUCCCGCCGCAGCCGUCGGGCCGCGGCUCCGUUCCGGGCUUGGGCCGUUGCAGCGGUCCGGACACGUGGCGCUGCGGUGCGGCCCCGCAGGGCGGCAUGGCCGCGGCGGCCGAAGCGGCGGGCGGUGGCAGCAGCAGCCGCCACGAGAAGAGCCUGGGGCUGCUGACCACCAAGUUCGUGUCGCUGCUGCAGGAGGCCAAGGACGGCGUGCUGGACCUGAAAGCGGCUGCUGAUACCCUUGCUGUGAGGCAGAAGAGAAGGAUCUAUGAUAUCACCAAUGUUUUGGAGGGGAUUGAUCUCAUUGAGAAGAAGUCAAAAAACAGCAUUCAGUGGAAAGGAGUAGGUGCUGGCUGCAAUACAAAAGAAGUCAUAGACAGGCUGAGGUAUCUGGAAGCUGAAAUUGAAGACCUAGAGCUAAAAGAAAAAGAAUUGGAUCAGCAGAAACUGUGGCUUCAGCAAAGUAUCAAGAAUGUCAUGGACGAUUCUACAAACAACCAAUUCUCAUAUGUCACUCAUGAAGAUAUCUGCAACUGCUUCAAUGGAGACACACUUCUAGCAAUUCAAGCACCUUGUGGUACACAGUUAGAAGUACCUAUACCCGAAAUGGGACAGAAUGGGCAGAAGAAAUAUCAGAUCAAUCUUAAAAGUAGUUCAGGACCUAUCCAUGUGCUGCUUAUAAAUAAAGAAUCAAGCUUCUCCAAGCCCAUGGUGUUUCCAGUUCCUCCACCUGAUGACCUUGCACAGCCCUCAUCACCACCUGAAGCUCCAGCAGCUCCUCUUAAACCUGCUGCAGCUCCUGAGAAUCCACCAGAACAACAUGAUCUGAACCAAGCACAAGAGUUACCAGAAACAUCAGUUGUGGACACGCCAUCAGACGGCAGCACAGAGCAGAACAGUGCAACCCCAGCAGCUCCUUACUCCAGCCUUCCAGAGUCGGUGUUGUACUCCAGCCUUUCAGAUGUCGCCCAAGCUACAGCUAGUUCAAACGACUACCAGGGCUUGCUGCCCCUGGAUGUUAACUGUAUUCUCAAGGCAAACUCAUUUGACUUGGCAAAGAUGGAGGAGCCCACAGGGAUUGGUGGGGAUCUUAUUGAUGAACUCAUGUCUUCUGAUGUUUUUCCUCUCUUACGACUCUCUCCUACUCCCGGAGAUGACUACAACUUUAACCUGGAUGAUAAUGAAGGAGUCUGUGAUCUCUUUGAUGUGCAGAUACUAAAUUAUUAGAUAUUGUGUCAACCAGACUACUUAUCUACCUCUAACUAUAACAUUCUAGACUUCUUCAUAACCUACGUAUUUUAAUAAUGAAUGUAUAACUUCUUAGUUCACUGACUCUGGGAGUUUAUUUCCUUUUGCUUCCUUUAACUACUUCACAAAACAAAUUUAACAAUGAGGAAAAAGGGGCUUUUAUCAAAAAUUCUGGCACAUUUUUUCACCUGUGUGUCCUCUGUGUAAUCCAAUUAUUCAGAGUUUUCUUUAGUAAGAAAGUGAACAUGUUCUAUAGUCUUCUGAGCAUUUUUCAAAAAUGAUUAGGCUUCUUGCUCACAGUUAAUAGUGUUUUCUUUGAAGCUUUACUGCCUAGAAGCUUUCUGUAUUUUAACCUUUCAAACAAUUCUGAAGCUUUCACUGCCAAGCUGAAAAGUGAAGGACAUCACCUCGAGUUAUGCUAAAUUGUUUCAGUGAACCAAUUUUGUGAAGUGCCUUCUGUUUUAGCACUUUAAGUUUCUCACACUGACUUCUGACAUUCCUCUUUCCUAGAUGAUAGGAAAGGUCUGUUUGUAGUUUGUAUUAAAGUGUGCCAAUACUUGUAUAUUAACAAGAUUUUUUAAUAAAAUUGUACAAACAAAGCU